AUGGAGCAUUUGCACCUCAUAGUCGACGUGUUCGAUGCCUUGUGCAAGUCUAUGGUACCCGAAUGGAUGUGUUCGACCAAGUCAUCAAAGCUCGAGGGCGCUCGUCAGGUAAUUUCGUGGAUCCAUGGACUCUGCGUCGCGGCAGAGUCCAACCAGAAACUCUCGGACACGAUUCCCUCUCGUGUCCACCGGGUAGAAGUCUCACGCAAAAACACCGCUGGUGGCUCUGAUCAAGACGAGAGUCAGAUACUCAGCAAGUCUGCCACGAUUGACCUUCCCGGCGGUGAAAGCUACACUGCCACCCUUGAAACCCGCAUUCCGAGCAGCAUUCAGGGGCUAGUGUUAUCGGCCGCCUUCCAUAGGGAUGAAUGGAAGAUACGGCAUUACUACACGCUCCCGUCCCCAAACUGGGAUCAUUUUAUGCAGAGCUUCCCCUUGAAGCGCCCAAGUGCGAGCGAGUUUGACAACCUGUUACUUGAAGCUAAUGCAUCGCGCGCGUUCUGCAUGGUAGACCCUUUGAAGCUCGGGGCCUGCCUGAGCGAAGACCUCCCUGUCAUAACCCUAAGCGGCAAGGGGGUCGUAUCAAUAUACGACCAGGAAUAUGUCAACUGCAGUGAUUUGCAGUUUUCUCUUUGGAACUGCGUCACUAAGAGGGAUCUUUUUGGGGACCAGGAUCUUGGCCAGCUCAUCUCUGAGAACCUAGAACCCAUCAUCGCGGUUAGGAAAAAAGAGCGAACGUGGGAGAUCGACGCGUGGACUGAGUGGACCGAACUUGAGAGCCAUGGCUCCCCGGACGAGUCUCUUGUCAUCUGCGUCGAUCGCAGCUUGAGUAUGAACACUGCGAUGCCGCAAGAUUGGAACCCAUCUGAGAGUGACGCCAGCACCCAACCGAGCCGCUUGCAUGAGGUCAAGGAUUUUUUCCACCACUUCUCCACAAGGCUCUGCGCCUAGCACCUUGCAACUCAUACUGGGCUCGUCACGUUUUCGGAUGGAGCCGAAGUCGUCCAGCCCCUUACUGCUCUCCAGACCCAGUUCACCAAGAAGCUAGAUCAGACCACCGUGGAUGGCAACACAGCCAUCUAUGACGCCCUUCGUCUCGC